AUUAGAACUGAUUAAAUCUGACUAAACUUUCAUACCUUAAAAAAGAUCUUUACAUAAAAGCUUUCAAUCUAUUUAGGACUUAAUGAUUAAGAAAAUUCAGGGUACUGUUUUUCAACCCUGUGCAAAUCCCAGUUCCUAUGUGCAGACUUGUCAAAAUAAAGGAUGGGUACUUAAUCUUGGGGAUCUACUUCAAUACAGAACCUUUGAAAACUUUUUAAAGAGUGGCAGAUUUGGGCUCACAUAUGUUACAGCAACAAUCUAUUCUCUAGCAAAAGCACAAAACACAUGCUGGGCAAAAACUCAUUCCUUUGAAGCAAUAUUAAAAUUGGUGUCUUGUAUUCUUUCUGCCAUGUAGAUCGGAGCCAUGGCUUUGGAGCAUAACCAGUCAACAGAUUACUAUUACGAGGAGAAUGACUUGAACGACACUCAUGACUACAGCCAGUAUGAAAUGAUAUGCAUAAAAGAAGAGGUCAGACAAUUUGCAAAAGUUUUUCUCCCUGCCUUCUUUGCAAUAGCUUUUGUCAUUGGACUUGCAGGUAAUUCCAUAGUGGUGGCAAUUUAUGCCUAUUACAAGAAACAGAGAACCAAAACAGAUGUGUACAUCCUGAAUUUGGCUGUGGCAGAUUUACUCCUUCUGUUCACUCUGCCUUUUUGGGCAGUCAAUGCCGUUCAUGGGUGGAUUUUAGGAAAAGCGAUGUGCAAAGUGACUUCAGCCUUGUACACAGUGAACUUUGUCUCUGGAAUGCAGUUUCUGGCUUGCAUUAGCAUAGACAGAUACUGGGCAGUAACUAAGGCGCCCAGCCAAUCAGGAGUGGGGAGACCUUGCUGGAUCAUUUGUUGUUGUGUCUGGAUGGCUGCCAUCUUGCUGAGUACACCCCAGCUGUUUUUUUAUACAGUAAAUGACAACAGCAGGUGCAUUCCCAUCUUUCCCCACCACCUAGGCGCAUCCAUGAAAGCAUCGAUUCAAAUACUGGAAAUCUGCAUCGGAUUUGUAGUCCCCUUUCUGAUUAUGGGGGUAUGCUACUUUAUCACAGCAUGGACACUCAUCAAGAUGCCAAAUAUUAAAAAAUCUCGGCCCCUCAAAGUUCUGCUCACAGUGGUUAUCGUUUUCAUCAUCACUCAGCUGCCUUAUAACAUUGUCAAGUUCUGCCAAGCCAUAGACACCAUCUACUCCCUGAUCACCAGCUGUGACGUGAGCAAACGCAUGGACGUGGCCAUCCAAGUCACCGAGAGCAUUGCACUCUUUCACAGCUGCCUCAACCCCAUCCUCUACGUUUUUAUGGGAGCCUCUUUCAAAAACUAUAUUAUGAAAGUAGCCAAGAAAUAUGGAUCCUGGAGACGACAGAGACAAAACAUGGAGGAAAUUCCUUUUGAUUCUGAGGGUCCUACAGAGCCAACCAGUUCUUUUAGCAUUUAACUCUAAAACUGCUCUGCCUUUUGCUUGGAUGCACAUGAAUGAUGCUUCUUCCUUAGAUUAAACAUUUGCAUUAUUCUGAAGCUCAAAUCUCAAAUGCAGUUGCUAUAACUUAUAACAAAGAAGAGCUUGGGGGUGGGGGUGAAAUGAAGGAAGACAGAAGCCAAGAUGAGGAGACAAUAAAUGUAAAAACAUGAGAAUUAAAUAAAAUUAAUAACAGGAAAAUACUACUAACAGGCAUAAACAAAGAAACUAGGCUAUAAAGAUCUUUGUGAUGAUGGAAUAGGUUUAUAUCUUAGUUACACAAGGGUAUGUACUUGAUAUAAUGACAUACAACUCUACACAUUGUAUCAGUUUCAACUUCCUGGUUUUGAUAUUAUUCUAGAAUUACCUAAGAUAAACCACUGGGUUCAUUCAUGGGUGAAGGGUACCCACCAUU